UCAGGGAGGAAGCCCUGUCUGAAAAGACUGCAGCUUAGGCUGUCAGUCUUUCUUCAUUCAGUCCAGCAUUUGGUCAGGUCUUCUGUCACUCAAGACCUGAAGGGGCCGGGCCUUAGACGUUUUCCAAUCAGGGACGCUGAGCUGGGGACCGUCCAAUCAGGCACGCAGCUGGAGCGGACAGGGCGGCUUCCGGGAUUUGGCGGGGCCUUUGUCUCUAGCUGCAGCUGGAGCUUGUGGUCUCGUUUUCCGUGCUCUGUGUACCCUGUUCCUAGAGGCCCAGCCUCUGUGGCCCUGUGACCUGCAAGUAUUGGGAGAUCCACAGCUAAGACGCCAGGGCCCCCCUGGAAGCCUAGAAAUGGGACCAUUGACAUUUAUGGAUGUGGCCAUAGAAUUCUCUGUGGAAGAGUGGCAAUGCCUGGACACUGCACAGCAGAAUUUAUAUAGGAAUGUGAUGUUAGAGAACUACAGAAACCUGGUCUUCCUGGGUAUUGCUGUCUCUAAGCCAGACCUGAUCACCUGUCUAGAGCAAGGCAAAGAGCCCUGGAAUAUGGAGAGACAUGAGAUGGUGGCCAAACCCCCAGGUAUGUGUUGUUAUUUUGCCCAAGACCUUUGGCCAGAGCAGAGCAUAAAAUCUUCUUUCCAAAGAAUAAUACUGAGAAAAUAUGAAAAAUGUGGACAUCACAAUUUACAGUUAAAAAAAGGCUAUGAAAGUGUGAAUGAGUAUAAGGUGCACAAAGGAAGUUAUAAUGGAUUUAACCAGUGUUUGACAACUACCCAGAGCAAAAUAUUUCAAUGUGAUAAAUAUGUGAAAGACUUUCAUAAAUUUUCAAAUUCUAAUAGACAUAAGACUGAAAAGAAUCCUUUCAAAUGUAAAGAAUGUGGCAAAUCAUUUUGUGUUCUUUCACACCUAACUCAACAUAAAAGAAUUCACACUACUGUCAAUUCCUACAAACUUGAAGAAUGUGGCAAGGCCUUUAAUGUGUCCUCAACCCUUUCUCAACAUCAGAGAAUUCAUACAGGACAGAAACACUACAAAUGUGAAGAAUGUGGCAUAGCCUUUAACAAGUCCUCACACCUUAACACACAUAAGAUAAUUCAUACUGGAGAGAAAUCCUACAAACGUGAAGAAUGUGGCAAAACUUUUAACAUAUCCUCACACCUUACUACACAUAAGAUAAUUCAUACUGGAGAGAAUGCCUACCAAUGUAAAGAAUGUGGCAAAGCUUUUAACCAAUCGUCAACCCUUACUCGACAUAAGAUAAUUCAUGCUGGAGAGAAGCCCUACAUAUGUGAACUUUGUGGCAGAGCUUUUAACCAAUCCUCGAACCUUACUAAACAUAAGAGAAUUCAUACUGGUGAUAAACCUUAUAAAUGUGAAGAAUGUGGCAAAGCCUUUAAUGUGUCCUCAACCCUUACUCAACAUAAGAGAAUUCAUACUGGAGAGAAACCCUACAAAUGUGAAGAAUGUGGCAAAGCCUUUAACGUGUCCUCAACUCUUACUCAACAUAAGAGAAUUCAUACUGGAGAAAAACCAUACAAAUGUGAAGAAUGUGGCAAAGCCUUUAACACAUCCUCACACCUUACCACACAUAAGAGAAUUCAUACUGGAGAGAAACCCUACAAAUGUGAAGAAUGUGGCAAAGCCUUUAACCAGUUCUCACAACUUACUACGCAUAAGAUAAUUCAUACUGGGGAGAAACCCUACAAAUGUAAAGAAUGUGGCAAAGCUUUUAAGCGGUCCUCAAACCUUACUGAACAUAGGAUAAUUCAUACUGGAGAGAAACCCUACAAAUGUGAAGAAUGUGGCAAAGCUUUUAACCUAUCCUCACACCUUACAACACAUAAGAAAAUUCAUACUGGAGAGAAACCCUACAAAUGUAAAGAAUGUGGCAAAGCUUUUAACCAAUCCUCCACACUUGCUAGACAUAAGAUAAUUCAUGCUGGAGAGAAACCCUACAAAUGUGAAGAAUGUGGCAAAGCUUUUUACCAAUACUCAAACCUUACUCAACAUAAGAUAAUUCAUACUGGAGAGAAACCCUACAAAUGUGAAGAAUGUGGCAAAGCCUUUAACUGGUCCUCAACUCUCACUAAACAUAAGGUAAUUCAUACUGGAGAGAAACCCUACAAAUGUAAAGAAUGUGGCAAAGCUUUUAACCAAUGCUCAAACCUUACUACACACAAGAAAAUUCAUGCUGUAGAAAAAUCUGACAAAUAAGAAUGGAACAGGUGCGGUGGCUCACACCUGUAAUCCCAGCACUUUGGGAGGCCAAGGCGGGUGGAUGACAAGAUCGAGAGAUUGAGACCAUCCUUGCCAACGAAGAGAAUUACUGGAGAGAAACUGUACAAACCUGAAAGAUACAACAAUGCAGUUGACAACACCUCAACAUUUCUAAACACCUUUAAAUGGCUGUCACACUUGAUGGUAGGUAAAAUAUACUGGAGGAAACCUCUACAAGUGUGAAAAAUGUGGCAAAACUUUUAGCCAGUGCUGACACUUUAUUGGACAGGAAGUGAUGUGUACUUGAGAAAAAUUAUGCAAAUGUUGGCCGGGAGCGAUGGCUCACGUCUGUAAUCCCAGCACUUUGGGAGGCUGAGGCAGGUGGAUCAUGAGGUCAGGAGAUCGAGACCAUCCUGGCUAACACAGUGAAACCCCGUCUCUACUAGAAAUACAAAAAAAAAUUAGAUGGGCAUGGUGGCGGGUGCCUGUAGUCCCAGCUACUGGGGAGGCUGAGGCAGGAGAAUGGCGUGAACCCGGGAGGUGGAGCUUGCAGUGAGCCGAGAUCGCGCCACUGCACUCCAGCCUGGGUGACAGAGUGAGACUCCGUCUCAAUAAAGAAAAAAGAAAAAUUAUGCAAAUGUAAAGAAUGUGAAGAAGCCAUUAAUAUCUGUUCACAUCUUAUUCAAUAUCAGAGAGUUCAUACUUAAUAGAAGCAUUAAAAAUGAAAUUACUGUCAAUAGAUUUUUCAGAAAAUGUAAGCCUUUAAAGUGAAGAAGAGUAUUUAUUUUGAAGACAAGCAUUAAAAUAUCAAGAGUGUGAGCUGGGCAUGGUGGCUCACGCCUGUAAUUUCAGCACUUUGGAGGCCAAGGCGGGUGGUUCACUUGAGGUCAGAAGUUCAAGACCAGCCUGGCCAACAUGGUGAAACUCCAUCUCUACCCAAAAUACAAAAAUUAGAUGGGCAUGGUGGUGCAUGACUAAUGCCAGCUACUUGGAGGUUGAGACAGGAGAAUCGCUUGAACCUGGGAGGCAGAGGUUGCAGUGAGCUGAGUUUGUGCCACCGCAUUCCAGCCUGGACACUCCAGCUGCACUCCAUCUCAAAAAAAACUCAUAUGAAGAGUGUUGUGGUACUAUUACUUGUAUUACAGAUCUUAUUUUACACAUUUUGUACUAGAGGAAAACCCUGAAGUAGUUGCUCAAGCUUUCUUCAACAUCAGAUGAUUUAUCUUGAAAAUCUCUGCAAAAGUAAUAAAUUUGGAAAAACAUUUUUUUACAAACUAUAGCCUAGGAAACAUCAGACAGUUCAUACUAAAAUAUAUUUUUGCAGAUGCAAUAAUAUAAAAAAUUAGUUAUUUGAAAAUUAAGUCUGUAAAUAUCAGUUUGGAGUAGAUAUAGCUAAGGAACUGACACUUCAGACAGUACACUAAAUCAGAGUGUUGAGUUUAGAAAAUAAUUCAAAACUGAAGUUUGUACAUAAAUAUUUUGUAUAUAACUUUAAAAAGUGUAUAAGACAUUUUGGAGAGUUAUUACAUUCAAAGUACACUUUUUUUUUUUUUGAGAUGGAGUCUUCUUCCCAUCGUGCAGGAUGGAGUGCAGUGGUGCUAUCUCAGCUCACUGCAACCUCCACCUCCCAGGUUCAGGUGAUUUUCCUGCCUCAGCCUCCUGAGUAGCUGGGAUUACAGGCGCGCGCAACCAUACCUUGCUAAUUUUUAGUAUUUUUAGUAGAGACAAGGUUUCACCAUGUUGGCCAGGCUUUACUUUUUUUUUUUUUAAGACAAAGUCUUGCUUUGUCACCCAGGUUGGAGUGCAGCUCCACCUCCAAGUUCAAGUGAUUCUCCUGCUUCAGCCUCCCAAGUAGCUGGGAUGACAGGCAUGAGCUACCACGCUUGGCUAAUUUUUGUAUUUUUAGUAGAGAUGGGGUCUUGGCCAUUGGGCAGGUUGUCUUGAACCCCUGACCUCAGAUGAUCCACCUGCCUCAGCCUCCCAAAGUGCUGGGAUUACAGGCAUGAGCCACUGUGCCCAACAAAGUAUACUUUUUUCUCGAAAAAAUUUUAUAGGCUUUAAAUACGUGAAUAAUGAUGUAAUUCAACUCUCAAAUUCAUACUGUUUCUUUAUUCCUGUUGUAUUCACAUGUGAAAGUAUGUGAUGAAUUGUUCCUGCAUGAAAUAUAUGAGAGACUCUUUUAUUAGGUGGACAUUAUAUAUUAUCUCUUCUAUGAAAGAGUAAAGACAUUAAAAUGUAAGACGUAUGAUGAAAAUCUAAGUAGGGAUGCUCUUUGUGGUUAACUUAUAAUAUUGAGCAAUGCAUGAAGUAGGUGUUCAGUUUAAUACUCUACAUUAUGAGAGAGAAAUAUUUUUAAUUUUAGUUAAAAUUUAAUUAAUAGUGUAUUAUUUUACUAAUUGUACUUUUAUGUGAUACAAUCCAGUACAUUUAAAAACUUUGAAAUUAUGUGUAGACUUAACUUUUUAAUUUAACAUUUUUAACAUGUUAAAUGCUAUUGUGCAUUCAAUGAAGAAUUAUUUUGCCACUAACCUUAACCCAUUCCACCUUACUCAAGAGUGUAGGUAAAAGAUGGUAACAAUAUAUUAUUUGUUAACAUAAUAAAGUAGUAUUUGUAGUAAUCUUUUUUGCUAGUGGCUUUAAACUGCAAAGAAGUUAAAGAAUGUUGUUCCUGUAUGUUAAGUUUUUAUUUUUUCUUUCUCAUUUAAAUUUACUUAAUAUUUUCAGGUACAUAGUAUGUGUAUAUAUUUAAAACACAUAUGGCAUAUUUUGAUACAUACAUACAGUACAUAAUAAUCACCUCAUGGUAAAUUAGGUAUUUAUCACCUCUACUAGCCUUUAUCCUUUGUAUUACAGAAAAUUUAAUUUUACACUUUUUGUUAGUUUAAAAUAUACAACUAAACUGUUACCGACUGCCUCACCUCUAGCAUUUAUCCUUUGUAUUACAGAAAAUUUAAUUUUACACUUUUUGUUUAAAAUGUACAACUAAACUGUUACUGAUGGCCGGACACCAUGGCUCAUGCCUGUAAUCCUAGCACUUUGGGAGGCUGAGGCAGGUGGAUCACCUGAGGUCAGGAGUUCAAGACCAGCGUUGCCGACAUGUUGAAACCCUGUCUGUACUAUAAAUAGAAAAGUUAGCCAGGCAUGGUCGUGAGUGCCUGUAAUCCCAGUUACUCAGGAGUCUGAGGCAGGAGAAUCACUUGAACUUGGGAGGUGGAGGUUGUGGUGAGCUGAGAUCAUGCCACUGCACUCCAGCCUGGAUGGCAGAGCGAGACUUUCUCAAAAUGAAUAAAUAAAUAGAUAUUGACUACAGAGUAAUUUCUAUGAUUAUAUUAUUUAGAAGUAUGAAUAAAAUGCAUACAUUUGUGAGUCUUGAAUACAUAUUUUAAUAAAUUUCUUAUAUAUUUUUAUUUGAACAUGUGGCCUCUGCAAACACAAAGACUUUUAAUUUUGAUUUACAUAAAGUUAAAAAUAUACAUGUAUUACUGUAAAGAUAAACCUUAGGAAAGAAAAUUAUGAAGUGUGUUUGUAUGAGCAUGAGUUUGUACCUAUUUUCAGAAGAAUAGAGCAAUAUCGGAACAAAUAUUUUAAUAAGGUGAUUAAUUUACUAGAUAAUAAAAACCUCAAAAAUGCUGAAAGCAAAUUUAUGCUCUCAGCUUUGUAUUAAAUUCAUUACUGUAAAACCUUAUGGCUUAUGGUUCAGAAUCUCUCCAUACAAACUCUUUGCCUGGCACUCAUGCCAGACCUAUUAUUUUCUUGUUAUAAUUUUGUUUUACAGUUUAUGAAGUAUCCAUUACAUGAGCUGGUCGUGAUUAUAAGAAUGUUUUUUAUAAAAUUCAGUAGUGCACAUAAUUUUUAGAAGUAAUUCCAUAAUUAAUGUAUUGUUAUAUUUUAUUUAGAACAUUCCAUUUUGUUCUUUUAGUUGCAGAUGCCUAUAUAAGCCUACUUUUCUUUAUUGUCCUUUUACUUUUUAUGGAUGACAUAAGUGAAUUUACUUAUUUAUUGAGUCAUUUUUUUUUUUUAGGUAAGUACUAGGGAAGCUUCAUAAGUCAUGAGAAUGUUUUUAUAUAUAAAUGUAUCAAAGAAACAUGACAGUGAGGCCAGGUACGGUGGCUCAUGCUUGUAAUCCCUGCACUUUGGGAGGCCAAAGUGGGCAGAUCAUCUGAGGCCAGGAGUUCAAGACCAGCCUGGCAAACAUGGCACAACCCCAUCUCUACUAAAAAUACAAAAAUUAGCUGUGUGUGGUGACACGUGCCUGAAAUCUCAGCUAUUCAGGAGGCUGCGGCAGGAGAAUCGCUUAAUCCCAGGAGGCGGAGGUUGCGGUGAGCUGAGAUCGCGCCGCUGCAUUCCAGCCUGGGUGACAAAGCGAGACUCCUUCUCAAAAAAAAAAAAAAAAAAGAAAAACAUGACAGUACUUGCUGCGUAACGGAUACUCCAUAAUAUGCCAUAAAUAUUUCUGCUGGGAUUAGUUGUAAAUUCAGCCAUUUCUGGUCUUUUUUUUUGGUUCCUGCUCCGUUGGAGUAUGUGUCUGUUUUUCUUCAAUUACCAUACUGUUUUAGCUAAUAUAGCUUUUUUAGUAUAUUUCAAAGUCAAGUGGGGUGAUAUCUUCACCCUUUUUGGUUUUGUUUUGUUUUUUGUUUUAAGACGAAGUCUCGCACUUUCUCCCAGGCUGGAGUGCAGUGGCACAAUCUCGGCUCACUGCAAGCUCCACCUCCCGGGUUCACGCCAUUCUCCUGCCUCAGCCUCCCGAGUAGCUGGGACUACAGGCGCCCAACACCACGCCCAGAUAAAUUUUUGUAUUUUUGGUAGAGACAGGGUUUCACCGUGUUAGUCCAGGAUGGUCUCAAUCUCCUGACCUCGUGAUCCACCCGCCUUGGCCUCCCAAAGCACACUUUUUUUUUCUUUAUUGCUUUGGCUACUUUGCGUCUUCUGUGGUACAAUAUAAAUUUUAGAUGUAUGUUUUAAAAUUUAUACCAGUGUGUCACUGGUAUUUUCAUAGAGGUUGCAUUGUGUCUGUAGAUUAUUUUGUGUAAUACAGAUAUUUAACAAUAAUAAUGCCAAUUCAUUUGUAGGUAACAUUUUUCUAUUUGUGUAUUAUUUAAUUUUGUACUUCAAUAUUGCUUAGAUUAUAAUGCACAGUUUUUUCCACUUUUUGGUUAAAUUUAUUUCAAAGCAUAAUUACUACAGUUAUUGUAGAUUCAUUGUUUUCUUUUUUUUUUUUUUUUUUUUAGAUGGAGUCUCUCUGCUGCUCAGGCUGGAGUGCAGUGGCACAAUCUCAGCUCACUGCAACCUCUGCCUCAGCCUCCUAAGUGCUGGGACUACCGGCGUGUGCCACCACAUCCGGCUAAUUUUUGUAUUUUUAGUAGAGACUGGGUUUCACCAUGUUGGUCAGGCUGGUCUCAAACUCCUGACCUCAUGAUCCACCUGUGAAAUUUUGCUAAAUUUCUGAAUUAGAAAAAACAUUUUUUUCUAAUAAAAUCAUAAACGUCUUAUGGCCAUAUCCCAAAAAUGAUGAAGCAGAGAGUGUAGGUUAUUUAAGACUGUGCUGCGGGCGGGGCACCGUGGCUCACACCUGUAAUCCCAGCACUCUGGGAGGCCGAGGUGGGCAGAUACGAGGUCAGGAGUUUGAGACCAGCCUGACCAACAUGGUGAAACCUCAUCUCUACUAAAAAUACAAAAAUUAGCAGAGUGUGGUGGCACGUGCCUGUAAUCCAGCUACUCGGGAGGCUGAGGCAGAAGAAUCACUUGAACCCGGGAGGCAGAGGUUGCAGUGAGCUGAGAUCAUGCUGUUGCACUCCAGCCUGGGAGACAGAGCAAGAUUCUGUCUCAAAAAAAAAAAAGCUGCUGCAAAUGCUCAUUCCGUCACAACCAUGCUAGUGAAAAAAGAAAUAACGGGUUAGAAGGUAAUUUUAGAGUAUAUCUCUUACUCUUUUGCCCUGUAAAAUUUUUGUCUUUAUUAAUUGCCAUAUAGAAGCCUGUACUUCAACAAAAGAUGUCAUUAAUUUCAGGUAAAUAUGCUCCCACAUAUAUUCUCCCUAGAAAGGUACUGGUGUAUUUCCAUUCAAGUUGUAGCAUUUCUGGCCUUUUUUGUGCUGCUGUGUUUGUGUGAAAUAAGGCAGGAAGUAAAGCAGAGUCAACCAUGACAUUUCUUGUUUCUAAAGCCACAGCCUCUAAAAUUUAAUGUUAAGUCAACUAGAAAUAAUGACAAUAUUUAAGAACUAAAAAACAAUUCUUUAUAUUUUAUAGUUUAUAAAAAUUUAUUUUUGAAUUAUAAGUUAAACAACUUGAACAUGCAGAUACCUAAAAGUGUCAUCUAGGUGAUAGUAUUAAUAUUUUAAUAGCUUAUAAUUGUGAGUGACAGUGGCCCCAUUGGGUUUACUGAAAACAGUUAUUUAUCUUGUAUGUGUGAAUGGAGAAUAGGCUUUUUAUAAUCCUAAGCAUACAGAUCUUUUAAGAUUAGCACUAUGUUUAGAUCUGAAUAAAAUGUAUAGGCUUGUAAUAACAAAUUUUAAUACUUUUUUCUAAUGGAAGUGAAAAACAGUAGAAGUCAUUUGUUAAAAUUAGUUUAAGAGAAACUUCACAUGUAUUUAUUAAAUAACAUUUAAACCACAUUGUAAGUUACUGAUCAGUAAUUUCAAUCCAUUUUAUUUUAGUCACUGAAAAAGCAUAACAUUCUUUAAUUAUUCAAUCAGAAACAGUAUUCUUAUUAGUGUUUCUGAAAGCAACUGUAGACCACUCAAUGGAUGACAAGGUUCAUGCAGACAACAAAUUUUCUAUAUAGUAAUAGGCUCAUUUUAACUUUAAAUAUAAACACUCAUUAUUUCAAAAGUAAAAUUAAUGGUUCUUUUAAGUCAUAAAAGGAAUAAUGUUAUAAUUCACUUACUGAAGUGUUUGUCUCAGACUUUGUAAUGAAUACUUUAAACCAAAAAUUAAGUUCUACAUACUAUUUAUGGAUAAAAAGAAGUGGUUUGUAAAUGUAUCUUUAUUUUUACUAAGUUAAAAAAUGUAAAGCCAAAAUGAUAGGUCAGGAUUUAAAACAAGCAUUGGGUGACAGGGUGUUGGGCAUAACGGUUAGAUUGAAACUCGGUAUCAGCUGGUUGCUGAUUGCAUCCCUAACUUUAGGGUUUUGGUAAAAUUAAAGCAAUUAAUGCAAAUAAAGGUGCCCGAAGAGCACCCAGCAUAUAGCUCUCAUUUGUUGAUUCUGUUACAUCAUGAUCAAUGUCAAGCCUAAAAACAAGGUGGCCACAUCAGUGGUUUGUAACCCAUGUUUAUUCUAAUCAAUCAGUCUGGGGCUAUAUAUAAUAGUAGUUGAAGGUUUAUAAUACUACCCUUGGAAAAUUCCCAUGUAUUCACACCCAGCAUGGAUAUAAAUAUGGAAAGAUUUCUCAUUGAGUACUUCUCUUUAGCACUCCAGUAACACUAGACAAAUAAGCACCUAAAUGCCGAGUGUUUGUCAGUUUUAAAAUUAGAAAAGAAGGCAAGUUGUUUUCUUAUCUACCUGUUUAAUAAAUUUUUUAUUGCCAAGUAGAUAUGUUCAUUUGAUUUAAUACAUUGAAAUGUAGUUUAAAAUAUAUAUUCAAAUAACUUUUCUCUAACAAGUGAAGGAAUAAUUUAUUUACAAAUGUAGAAAUAAUGGUACUCUAAGCAGUUGCUUUAGAGUCUUUUAUAGUAUUGUAUUUUGAACAUUAAAAAUAAACAUUUUAUUCCUGA